AUGAAAUUGCGCGCCCUGGGUGAAGAGAAUUCCGAGAGAAGAACCUCCAGAACUAAUAUCGCUGCGAGAGAGAAAGUGAUUGAUACAGCUUUAAAGACUAUAAGCAUCAAUCUAAGCGUGAGACUUGGCAGAGACCUAUCACAUGUCACUCUGCCCCCUUUCGAACGACCCCAGUCGUAUGCGUCGUCUAAGCCUUCCUACAGGUGCGUCCCUUUGCGUUUCUACUUAUUUAUCUCAUCUAAUGACCUCCACCGUCGACUCUGCGUCCUCCUCUACCUCUACAAGUUGUCCGUCGAACCUCGACGAGGAGUUCUUUGCCGCCUGUUUGGCCAUCUCAAGGCAGGUCAGGAACCAGUCUCGCAUCUCCCCGACUGCCCUCCCUUUGGGCGACGCCCAAGGACGACCCGCCUCACCGACAAAUACUCAAAUGCCUACAGCGACUUUUAUGGUAGCGGGACUCCCUGUGUCUAUAAGUCUGGCCCCAGUUGGCACGUACGCAAGGGCCCUCAAGCCCAGGGAAUUUACCGCGAGGCUCGCCCGGUCUACCGUCACACCAUUGGGCGCACUUGGCUCUCUAUCGGCAGACGCAUAUAUCAUGAACUCGACUCCAUUGGCAUUAAAUGGACAUCCAUCAACCCCCUCGCCUAUGCCGAUGCUGGUGAGGCCAAGCCCUUCUGCUCUCUCAUCCUCUCCAUUGGUGUGAAACCCCACUCCCUCCAGUACGAUGCUGCCGUUACUGCUGCCAAUGUCGUCAAGAAGAUCCUUGAUGAGGCUGGCUUCCCCACCAUCGAGGUAGCCUUUGUCGAGUCAGUAGUCACUCGUUCUGUCGCUGCUGGCCCCAAGCUCCUCUCAUUUGACCCCCUCGAUGACCUCCCCGACCUGCGAAAGCCUUUCAUCACUGCUCUUGGUCUCUCCAUCGCGCCCCUCAAGCACCCCCACUUCGAAGGCACAGCCGCUCUCUACUUCCGCCUCAAGAAAGACGACAAGCGCAUCGCCAUGUUAACCUGCGCCCACGUCGCCCGUCCCCCUCCCAUCUACCCCAACACGAGCAUGACGCAUAGGAACAGCAGCCAACCUCAUGAGUUCAUCGCGCUCGGUAACAUGGGCUAUAACAAUGCCGUUAAUGCCAUGAUGGGCACCAUCGGCGACCUCCUCUACUCCAUCAAAGCCUGGAAUGACGAGCUUGGCUGGCUGGGGGAGCCUGUUGAGGGAGAGAACAGCAAGGUCACUGAGAGGCGCAAGGAAUACUUAGAUUUGGUGGCGAAAGCGACGAAGAAGAUCGAGGAGGUGAAAGCACUCCACGACGAGGUCAUUAAUUACCAUUCCAAACCUGACCAACGCGUUGUUGGCUUCCUGCUUCAUUCAGAGAAGAUUGAGGUCUCAGUUAAGCCCCACAAUUUUACCAAUGACUGGGCCCUAAUUGAGCUGUACAACGAGAAGAUUGAUUGGGCUACGUUCAAGGGAAACAAAAUUUACGUUGGUGGUAACCUCUCGAUUGCUGACUAUGGCAAGACAAUGUUCCCUAAUCCUGUUGAUCAGGACAAGUAUUGUUACCCUCGGAAUGGUCUUCUCCAGGCCUAUGGCGUUGUCCAGGACAAUGAGAUCCACAACCCCCAGCACCUCGACGUCCAUGGUGGGAAGUGCCUGUUUGUUGUGAAGAAUGGGUUGGCCACGGGGACCACUGUUGGUUGUGCUAAUGGUCUCGAGUCCUUCACCCGGAUCUACAAUGACUACGGCAUUGAGCACACAUCCAUUGAGAUCGCCGUCUUGCCAUACAACAAGAUGCGUGGCAAGUUUUCUGAUGCUGGUGACUCCGGUUCCAUCGUCCUUGACAGGGAUGGUCGCAUUGUUGGAAUCCUCACUGGUGGUGCAGGCCCUACCGAUGGGAUCGACAUUACAUACCUCACCCCCUACCGGUGGGUUGAGCAGCAGAUCAAGGCAAGGUACCCUGACUGCUUCCUCUAUGAGGUGGUCCCGUAG